AUUGACAAACGAACAUUCGCUGAGUCAGCUGAAACCCUUCGCCUGAUCACUGGCUGAAGUCAGGUGCUAGAGGACGCUUCUUACAUGAGGCGUACAAUUGCAAAUUUGCAGCUUGCAUUACGCGUCUUGUCGACCGUUUAUCCUCUUGCGGGCUGCAUAGUUAUCAUCAGAAACAAGCCUUUGGUUUUCCCACAAACCAGACAUUGGGAUUGUCCCUCCUUGAGCUCAUAUAUAUUGUCAGAUACAGCUGACCUGAACAAAGGAGGCAUAUGAUGUGAAGAAGAAGAGGACCCAGGGAAGGAAUUCCUUUCUUCCAAUCGAAGGAAUUUCUUCUAUGAUCUCCUUAUUCUAAGGAAAAAAAUCGACGGAACAAAAGCUUAGGGGCAUAUAACGAUGCUGGAAGACAUAUCAUAUGUCAUUGCGAGUGUGGGUGAGAUUGCUGGAGAUGCUGGUGCUGCUGUCGAGUCUCCAGUCGGUUAUAGAACACUAGCAGCAUUGGCAGUUGGAAUUGGGUUGGUGUUUGUGUUGCUUGUGUGCUGUUUCUUGACGACUCUGGACUUGGGCAGAGGCUGCACGAGGUCAUGCGCUUUUACAUGGAAGGUCGGGAAGUUGCGGGUCCUUCGUGGCUUCAACUUGAGUUGUCCCUGGACAGGGACCUCAUUCAUCUUGGUCACCAUCUUGUCUGCUUUCAACAGGGCCAAGGGCUUCUUCGGCAUCAGCAGCUACUUGAGAUCACCGAAGCCUUCUGUUGAUGUUGGACACAUACCUGAGAAGUCUGGUUAUGUAGCCUGCGACAAUAUAUGCAGUCGAGCUCUCUCCCCUUCAACUUCACGAACUGAUAAUCUGUCCUUGGGUGAAUCAGACCUGAAGGAAUUGAUUUCUCUCAUAAAUGAACGCGACGGCGGUCCUUCAUGGCAGCUCCUGAUGGAGCGAGCCAAUUCAGCUCUAUUGUACCAAGCCUGGUACCGAGACCCACCUGUACGAUGCGUCACAUAUCAGUUCUUUUCAUGUUUCCAGUUUCCCGGCGAUCUUAAACAAUGCACUGUCCUGCAAAUUGAGACUUCACAAUUCUCACGUAAGCUAUCAUCUGCGUGUUUCCAGGUGGGUCCAAUGCAGUGCCGUACCAGGACGGUCUUCGAGAAUGUUUCGCCAGAGCUACUGAGAGAUUUCUUCUGGGAUGACGAGUUCAGGACCAAGUGGGACAAGAUGCUCGUCUACUUCAAGACCUUGUGCGUCUGUCCGCACACUGGUACCAUGGUUGUUCACUGGAUUAGGAAGCUAUCAAUCAUCGGCAGUGAGAAAGAGUAUAUCAUAGUUCGACGCAUUUGGGAAUCCAACUCCAACUAUUACUGCAUAACCAAGGCAGCUUCAUAUCCAACCUUACCAAAGAGUACAACACGAAGACGGAUAGAACUCUAUUACUCGAGUUGGCUCAUAAAAGCCGUGAAAUCGAGGAAUGGCAAGCAGGGGACAGCAUCAGAGGUGCUCUUCUUCCACUGGGAAGACCUCGGAAUCCCGAGAGAGCUCAUGAAGAUGGGCGCAAGGGCCGGGAUGUGGGGCCUUGUGAAGAGAAUGCAUUUGGGUCUGCAAGCUUACAAGAAUCUGACUCAGGCUCGCAUCUCUUCACCUUCGACCUAUUCCCUUCUAGCUCGCAUGACCACCAAAUUCGAACUGCAACCCAACAUGAAUACGAGUCCUUGCUCAGAGGCCAACACUGGGAGAGACGAGAAGAGAAGGAAGCACGAGAGAGGACCGAACGCUGUGAAGUGGCUCGUGCUGGGAGGAUUACUCGUCGUUUCGGGGCUGACUCUGAAGGCUAACGGGACGGGAAUAGUCUGCGAAGCAGCUAAGUGGUUGCAGAUGUUCUGCAGACGGAGAAAACAACCGGAGGAGGGUCGACACAGAGACGAGGAAAGAAUCAGACCAUAGAAAGGUCACUCGUGCUCAAAGGGAGCUCCUUUCACUUCAAAUUAUUACUCGGUUUCACAUCAGACCAAAGCUUAAAUCAAAGCCCACAUACCGAGACCAAGAAAACGCAGAAUCAAUCAUCUGCUUUUAUACUAUCUUCUACAUUUUCAUGUAACUUCCGAACUAUGAACUUACAGCUUUACGUGUAUUGCCGAAAA